AUGCGCUCUGGUUUGAGUACUCUCGUCCGCCACACUCUGCCCACCCUCCAUGGCCGCUCCAUGACAACAUCUAUAUCCCGACUAUCCCGAACCAGCAAGAAGAAUCUACCUGUCAGAGACGGGGAGAGCUCUUCGCCUAAGGCCCCCGCUGCGAGGCCUAAGCCUACAGUCUAUAACUCCAACAUCACAGGUUCAGGGUCGGAUCCUCGGAGUCAGCUCACGGCUGAGCAGAACAAGGAAGUGGACGAACAUAACCGCCACUUUACGAAGAAGCAUGCCCUGGAAGACAGGGCUAACGACAGGGGUGGCCCUCGUCAUUAA